CGUCCAUAAAGAUUGGCCAACUUACUGCGCGUGUGCAAAUAAACACGGAAACUCGGGUCACUAACCGACUAUGUCCUAGUUAAGUAGUUGUUUUGGGAAAAAAUCUCACCGACAGGCGACGGUACAUUUCCUCGGAUACUGCAACGACAACAUAAUUUCAACACGACACAGGCCCCCGAUAUUUACAAUGUUAUCUAGUCUAUUCUCGGCGACUACAGGAACACCUACGGCACCGGUGAAUGACAAAGUCGUCGUCAAAGUCCGAUACGCACACGGCGGGAAAAACGCUUUACCGAUACAAUGCCACACAUCGGAAACAGUUAUGGAACUUGCAAAGAGGCUUAAACAGAAUGCUGAUUUGUUUGGACUCGAGAGCCAGGACGUGCGAUUGGAUGACCUAGAUUUGUUCCUUGUGUGUAAGGACGGCAAGCAGCGAUUGGAGCUCAACCAGGAUAUUACCUGUGUUGGGGAACUUGAAAUUGAAUUUGAUAACCACCCUGUUAUUUAUGACGAUAUCCUGAUUAAGUAUCACACAUCCAUCAACCCUGUGCGCAUCUCUUGUAAUCUGGAUGCUAAAGUUUUUGAUCUGGGCGAUUUGAUUAUAAAAGAGGUAGAGAGAUUCAAGCUAUCGAAGAGUGACGCUGUCUUGUUGGACACACCGGGCAAUGAAAUUCAAAUACUGCAAUCACAUAGCGACGGAAACGUGCAACCUGUUGAUCCCACAAGGUGUUUAUCGGACUUUAAAGAUCAGACGUUACUAUUUCGUGUUUUGACAAAGAGGGAAAAAGAACGAGGAAAUCGUGUCAAAGUUACCGUGCGAUACUUACAAUCCGACAUAACCACCGUCAUGUCAUAUUGGGAAAACGAUCAAGUGACUGACUUGCUUGAUGAUAUUAAAGAGAGAGUCUCAAGUUUUGAAGUAACAGACAGCGUGGCUAGGGAUGUCCAUGACCCAAGGAAUAGCGUAGGGCCACCCGCGUAUUCUGGGUCAUGA